AUGCCAAACAAAUUCUUCGGGUUCGACGACAAAGGUAUCUUCACCGCACUAGACAACAAUCGUUGUCUUCAUCGAUCAUCAUCGUCGACAGCAGAAAUAACAACAAAGGAUGUUCCCAGGGGUCACUUUGCCGUUUACGUUGGAGAGAACCAGACUAAGCGAUUUGUGGUUCCGAUUUCUCUCUUUAAGCAUCCCUUAUUCCAUGACUUGUUGAAGCGGGCUGAGGAAGAAUUUAGCUUUCAUCCUCCAAUGGGUGGUCUUACUAUUCCUUGCAACGAAGGCGCCUUCAUCCAUCUGACUUCUCACUUGAAUGGCUACUCAAUGGAGUACGUACGCAGCAGCAAAUUUGUAAACAGAAAUUGA